AAAAUUUCCAAUUGCUAUAAAUGAACGGAGCAGAAAAUCAUGCCAACAGUGAAACACUACAGCGGUCUCCGCGCCGACCAAUUCUUCAAAUCAAAUCGUUUGCGUUUACUCUGUCAAAACACCUCAAAAAACCACCAUCACUAUCCCUUUCCUUUCCCAAAUGUACUGAAUUUUUUGGCUUUAAUUAAUUCUUCCAAAAUCAAUUUCGAGUUGAGCUAGCUUUUUCCACUUCGAUACCUCCCUUCUACCUUCUUCAUCUCAUCCCCUUUAAAUUAAACUUUAGAGCAUCCAAAUCCAGAAACAAAAGAGCCUCCCCCACCAUUCCAUCUCACAUUCCUUUAAAGUCAAGCAAGAAUAAAAAAUAAAUCAUACAGUGUAGGAUACCAUAAUUUUAUUUUGUUUAGCUCUCUUUCUUGCCCUUUUUCAAGACCCAACAUUAAAAAGCCAGCACAAAAGUUGUUCUUGUGUUAUUCUAUUGCCUUCUCCUUUCAUCAAGCCUCAAUUUCUGUGAAAAAUCAAGUCUUUUUCAAUUAUUUUAUGCUUAAACAGAGUGAUGCCCAGAGAAGACUAGCAGAAAAAUAUUGGUGAAACGGAAUAAAGGAAUCAACUUCAAUUUAUAUAAUUAUUAAGAUGGAUGUGCUGUCUUAUGCUGGUAAUAAUGGUACUAAUUACAGGGAUGCAGCACCAGCUAGUACAACAAAGUCGGCCCAGAACAGAACACACAUGAUCCGGAACAGAGCCGACGACGGUUCUACUCAGCCUGGCAGUAAAUUGGUUCAGCAAUUCAACGGGAAUUCCACUUCCAAGAUGCCCCAAUUGGAUGGCGGCGAUCUUCCCAAUCCAUUUGGCCAACUGGGUCUUCACUUCAGUGAGUCAGAACUCCGGGAAACGGCCUACGAGAUCCUCAUCGGAGCUUGCCGGAGUUCAGGUGCAUCCCGGCCUUUGACUUAUGUUUCUAACUCCAUGCGGACUACUGAGAGGUCCCUGUCCAUGUCGCCUUCGUUACAGAGGUCUGUGACGUCGGUGGCGGCGAGCAAGGUUAAGAAGGCACUGGGUUUGAAGUCGUCGAGGAGGAAAGUUUCUGGGGUGGAAUCGGAGGAAGCUGACGGCGGAGGACGAGAGGCGGGGAGUCAGAAGAAGAGGUCAUCGACGGUGGGGGAGUUGAUGAGGGUCCAGAUGAAGGUCUCGGAGCAGACUGAUUCCAGGGUCAGAAGAGCUCUGUUGAGAGUAGCUGCUGGACAGCUGGGGAGAAAAAUCGAGACGAUGGUUUUACCGAUCGAACUAUUACAAACAUUGAGGUCUUCAGAUUUUUCAAGUCAGUCUGAAUAUGAGGCAUGGCAGAAGAGAAACCUGAAAGUUCUCGAGGCUGGUUUGCUCUUGCAUCCCUAUUUUCCUUUGGAUAAGACUGACAACUCCGUGAAACAGCUUCGCCAGAUUCUUCGGGGGGCUUCUGAAAAACCAAUGGAUACAGGAAAGCAAAGUCAGUCAAUGAACGCCCUUCGCAAUGUUGUGAUGUCCCUUUCCGGCAGAUCAUUUGAUGGUUCUGGCUCCGGGACUUGCCAUUGGGCAGAUGGGGUUCCACUUAAUUUAUAUCUAUACCAAAUCCUUCUUGAAAGUUGUUUUGACGCUAAUGAUGAUACUGCAGUCAUUGAUGAAGUUGAUGAGGUUUUGGAGCUUGUUAAAAAGACAUGGGUAGUCCUUGGAGUAACCCAGAGUUUACAUAACCUUUGCCUUGCAUGGGUCUUGUUCCGUCGAUAUAUAUGUACUGGGCAGGUUGGAAAUGACCUACUUUUUGCCACUAAUAGUCUGUUGCAUGAAGUAGAAAAUGAUGCUAAGGAAACUAGAGAUCCAGCUUACCGGAAGAUUCUAACUUCUAUUUUGACAGUGAUUUUCGGUUGGGCGGAAGAAAGACUUCUUGCUUAUCAUGAGUGUUUUUACAGGGGAAACAUUGAUACUAUGGAGAAUGUUUUAUCACUCGGCAUCUCUGCUGCCAAAUUACUGGCAGAGGCUGGUUCUCAAGAGUAUAAUGAAAGAACAGAAUCUGACAUAACUUGUGGUUUAGUUGAUUCAUAUAUCCGGUCAUCUCUGAAGAAUGCUUUUUCUCAGGAAAAGGAGAAGAUAAUCUCGAAUAGGCACAGUUCUAGAAGCCAACAUCUUCCCAUGCUUUCCAUUCUUGCCCAAAAUCUUACAGAUUUGGCGUUUACUGAGCAAGAGAUUUUCAGCCCUAUACUCAAGCAGUGGCACCCUCUAGCAACUGGCGUAGCAGCAGCAACACUUCAUGCUUGUUACCGGAAAGAUUUGAAUAAAUUUGUUGCUAAUAUAUCUGAGUUGACCCCUGAUGUUAUACAAGUUUUGAUAGCUUCUGAAAAGUUAGAGAAAGAUCUUGUAAAGAUGGCAGUUGCAGAUUCUGUGGAUAGUGAUGAUGGUGGGAAAGCACUAAUUCAAGAGAUGACCCCUUAUGAAGCUGAAUCUGUCAUAGGGACCCUGGUAAAAUCAUGGAUAAAGACAAGGGUAGAUAGAUUGAAGGAAUGGGUGGAUAGAAACAUCCAACAAGAGGUCUGGAACCCUCAUGCAAACAAAGAACGAUUUGCUCCGUCUGCAGUGGAAGUUCUUCGUGUUACUGAUGAAACUUUGGAUGCAUUCUUUCUGCUGCCGAUAGCAAUGCAUCAAGUUUUGAUUCCAGAUUUGACGAAUGGUCUAGAUAGAUGCCUUCAGAAUUACAUAGUGAAGAUAAAAUCUGGCUGUGGAUCUAAAGAUAAAUUUCUUCCCAUCCUCCCUCCUUUGACAAGAUGUGAUAUUGGUUCCAAGUUCGGCAUGUUUAAGAAAAAAGAAAGGUCAUCUAUGGUACAAGGAAGCAAAUCUCAGGCUUACACUACUGAAGUGGAUAAUUCCUACGAUAUUCCAAGAUUAUGUGUUCGCAUAAAUACCAUGCAUCUCAUUCGGAAGGAGUUGGAAGUCCUGGAAAAGAGGAUAACUUCAAAUUUGAGAAAUGCUGGCUAUGUUCAAGAUGUCAUUCAAACUACUGAAUCAGGAAAACUGUUUGAGUUUUCAGCGGCAGCUUGUGUGGAGGGAAUUCAUCAACUCUCUGAAGCAACUGCUUAUAGAAUCGUCUUUCAGGAUCUGAGUCAUGUUCUGUGGGAUUACCUGUAUGUAGGUGAUGUUCUGUCGUCCAGGAUUGAACCAUUUCUUCAAGAGCUGGAGCAAAAUUUAGAAAUCGUAUCGGCUACAGUUCAUGACAGAGUCCGGACACGUGUAAUAACACAAAUAAUGAGAGCUUCUUUUGAUGGGUUCUUGUUGGUGUUGCUUGCUGGAGGCCCUUCCCGUGGUUUCAGUCUGCUAGAUGCAGCAGUCUUUGAACAAGAUUUUAAGUUGCUUAUGGAUCUAUUCUGGUCGGAGGGGGAUGGAUUACCAAUUGAUCUGAUAGAGAACUAUUCAAACACGGUUAAGGCUGUCCUUCCACUCUUCCAUAUUGAUACAGUAAAACUUAUUGAGCAAUUCAAACGGGUGGUUCUGGACAGAUAUGGAGGUUCAGAUAAAUCAAAGCUUCCUUUACCUCCAUCUUCAGGCCAAUGGGGUCCUACUGAACCGGAUACAGUUCUUCGAGUCUUGUGCCACCGGAGCGAUGAGAUAGCCUCGAAGUUCUUAAAGAAGAACUAUCAUCUUCCAAAGAAGCUAUAAAAGCUUGGAUGCCAUGGCUUUGCUAAGUGGUAAAUACUAGCAUUUGCAGUUCGUUGGAUAUUUACAGGUAGUGGACGUUUACUGACUUCAUAGAGUUGCAACAUGUUCAUCUUGUAGUUGUACAGUGUAUUUAUGGAGGAUCUGGCAUAUAUAUAGACCUGAUUGAUAGUGUUUAGGUUGGGGAACAGAAAAAGUCUGGGGAUAGCUAAUUGACACUCUUCACGGGUUAUUACCGGUUAAUCUAUAUAUUCAUUUACUUUGAGUGAAGUCAUUUUUAAAUUCUGACCUCCCCCUAUAUGAUAGCCGGGAUGGGGUAUGAUAGAAGAUUUCUGUUAACGUAACUAGUUGCAAUAGCUUUAAAAUCUGCUUCUUUCUUCAUUCACUAUAAGCAAAGGAAAAAUUCUUAUCGAUCACCAGUGACCAAGUUAAACCGCUUCUACCGUAAUGUGAUACAAUGACGCUACAAAAUCUUUCAUUUCUCUCAUUCCUAUCCUAAGUAGGUGAACACCUGCCGUACAAUCUCUGGAGAGAUGCUCAAGUAAAACAACUAUUUCUGGGUUACAACAGAAGGCCGUGAGAUUAGUAGCCAUAUAAUGCUUCUAAUGCCAAGGAUUCUUCUUUCCUUUUCUGCUACUUUUUGAGCUGGUUGUUGAGCUAGACUU